AUGGCGGAAGACGGCAUUUACAUCUUAACAUCGCUCUUGCGAUGGUUUCCUCUCUUCGAGGCGGUGCACUGGCUGCUGGUAUGGUUGUCAAAACGAGUACACCGACCAGACUUCAAAGUGAAUCAUAACGAGUGGGCCAACCUCUUGAUUUCCAAUUCUCAGGCGUUGAUCUCUGGCUCUGUGGGCGCCUACGCGCUGCUGUACGAGGAGCCGUUCGCGAGCACGACGACCAAGGUGCUCCGGUUCGAGACCUCCAUCGACACAGUACACGGCUAUUCUCGAUCACUGGAGCAGGUGCUGCCCUUUAUCCUGGCCUACUUUGCGUACGACCUCCUGAACAUGAUGAUGUUUAUGAGAGACAAGCCUGCGGAAAAGCUCAUGCUGAUGCACCACGGGCUGUGUCUGCUGAUUUGGCCGUUGAGCUUCCACUACAGAGCCGGUAAUUACUAUGUGCUCUAUUUCAUUGCCGCGGAGCUUUCCACCUCACUUUCGUGGACCGCUGGAUACUUUCUCCCUCUUUAUGGAAUCACCGGGAUAGCCUACUAUGUGAUUGGGACCUUCACCCUCAUAGCCUUCACCACCGUCCGUGCACUUCCCUCGCCUUGGAUCUGGUG